AUGGAGUCAGAAAAUUCAAGUACUUCUGAUGAUUCAUUAAUAAUUAAUGAUUAUCCUUCUUCAGACGAUUCUUUGGAUUCAAUUUUUAAUUCAUCUAUUCAAUAUUAUGAAGAACAUAAUGAUUUACUACUUAAAGAAUCGUUAAAAUAUAGUGAAAACAAUAAAAAAAAAACUAACAAUUUUGAUAAAGAUUAUUUUAAUUCUAUAAAAGAAAAUAAUUUUGAGAAAAUAGAAAAAGAAACAUUUAAUGAAGUAAAUUAUCAGGAAGAUAUUGUUAUAUCAGGAAUUAGUGGUCGUUUUCCAGAUUCUGAUAAUGUUAAUGAAUUUGCUAAACAUAUGUAUACACAAAAAACAUUUACAACAACUAAUAAUGAUAUAUGGGAUUAUACAUUUAAUGAUAAAGUACCAAUAAAAGGACAACUUAAAAAUUAUGAUACAUUUGAUUCAUCUUAUUUUGAAAUAAAUAAAAAUCGUGGGAAAGCAUUUAAUAAUGAAUUAAGAUUUUUAUGUGAAUGUGUAGGUGAAGCAAUUAUAGAUGCAGGUUUAAAAAUUGAAGAUUUACAUAAUUCAAAUACUGGUGUUUUUAUUGGAUGUAACGCAACAGAAGAAUUUGGUGCUUUUAUUCAAGAUGAUCAUUCUGAUAGUAAAUAUACAAUGUCUGGUUGUAUUAAAACAAUGUAUGCUAAUCAAAUUAGAGAUAUUUUUCAUUUUAAUGGACCUUUUGCUUCAAUUGAUACUGAUAAUUCAUCAUCAUUAGUUGCAUUAGAAUGGGCAAUAAUUGCAAUGAGAAAUAAAAAAUGUUCUAGUGCUAUUGUUGCAGGAAUACAUACUAAUCGUGAACCAAAUAAUCCACUAAUAUUUGAUGUUCAAAAAGGUGUUAAUAUGGAAGGAAAACGUCCUACUUUUGUUAAUACUAAAUAUUAUCGAACAGAAUGUGUUGGUGUUCUUUUUUUACAACAUAAAAAUAAUAUUAAACGUAUUUAUGCUACAGUUUAUGAUAUGAAUACUAUACCACCUCCACAAAAAUUAAAUGAAUUAUUACUACCUACAAGAAUUAAUUAUACAUCACAAAAUGUUACACAAAAUAAAGAACGACUUGAAAGAUGUCUUGGUGAAACAUAUAAUUCAGCACUUGUAGAUGAAAGAAAUGUUGGAUAUGUUGAAUUGUCAGAAUAUGGACAAAAUGUGGUGACUAAAUUUGAAUUAGAUGCAAUUUUUGAUGUUUUGGCAUUUGAUCGUACACCAAAUAAUCCAUUAUUUGUUGGAUCAAUAACAACUAAUAUAGGACAUGCUGGACCAGCAUCUGGUAUAUUAGCAUUAAUUAAAAUUAUUAUAUGUAUGGAAAAAAAUUUAAUACCACCAACAAAAUACAUGAAUUUAUUUCCUCUUGAUUCAUUAGGUCUUGAUAGUAAAAAAUUAAAAAUAGUUUUUGAAUGUACACCAUUUAUAGGAGAGUAUGCUGGUGUUAAUUCAAUUAGUUUUAAAAAUUAUUUUUCACAUGCAUUACUUAAAAAAAAUACCAAAGAAUAUGAUAAUGAUAGUAAAAGCAUUUUUUCACCUAAAUUACUUCUUUAUCAAGGAAGAUCAUCAGAAACACUUAUUGAAUUAUUUAAUGAAAUUAAAAAACAUCCAAAUAAUGAUUAUUUAUUUCAAUUAUUAUGUGAACAAUCAAAUAUGGAAAAAACAAAAUUUCCAUUUCGUGGUUAUUUAAUAUAUAAUCGUGAAGAUUCUAAUGAUGUUAUAUCUAAAAUUAAUUUAUGGAAUGAAAAUAUUCGUCGUAAUAUUUGGUUAUUUUUUAAACUUGAUAAUGAUGAUUAUAUUAAAAUAGGUAAAGAAUUAAUAAAAAUUCCAUAUUUUGAUGCUUCUAUUCGUUAUUCAUCAAAAUAUUUAUAUAAAAAAUAUAAAUUUAAUGUAUAUAAAUUUUUUAUAAUGGAUGAAAAACCAAAUAUUGAUGGUAAUAAUGGAAUGUUAAUUAUUGGAAUGACAGUAAUAUUAGCACUUUAUGAAUUUUUAAAAGAAAUAGGUAUUAACCCAUCUGGUGUUAUUGGAUAUUCAAUAUGUGAAAUUUUAUGUGGUUAUUCAUUAGAUAUUUUAACAAAAGAACAAAUUCUUGAUAUUUCUGUUCUUUAUAAUAAAUUGAUACCAAAUACUUUUACUGAAAACUCUCAUAAAAUGGCUUUAAUAAAAGGUGAUUUAAAAAAUUUAAUUAAACAAUAUAAUGAAUUUAAUGUUAUUUGUGAAGUAUCAGAAGAUUGUAUAAUAAUUAUUAGUGAAACAAAAUAUAUUGACGCUUUAAUUAAUAAUCAACAAAAUGAAUUUAUAACAAAAAAUAUAACUAAUCCAUUUGAUUGGUUUUUUAAUAUUAGAAAUAAUAUUGAUGAACAUAUUAAUGCUCUCAAAAAUAAUUUUAAAGAAAUAUUACCUUUUUCAUACAAAAAACAUCCAACAUGGGUUUCAACAACAUUUAAUACAUAUUUUAAAAAUAGAUCUGAUUCAGAGUUAUGUGGAAAUUAUUUUAUACAAAGCAUUUCUAAACCAAUUAUGUUAGGCAAUGCACUUGAUAAAGUCCCAAAUGAUAGUAUUGUUAUAAUAUUAGGAACAUCUGAUAAUUUUAUAAGAAAAAUUUUAGAAAAUGAAUUACCUCAUAGAUGUAAAAUAUUUCAAUUAUUUAGUAAUGAUGAUGUAAAUAUAAUUGAUAAAAUGUUUAAUGAAAUUGGAAAAAUGUACAUAAAUGGAUGUGAUGUACAUUUAGACAAAAUUAAUCCUAAAUUAUCAUAUCCUGUUCCACGAGGAACACCAAUGAUUUCUCCAUACUGGAAAUGGAGUAAAGAUUUAUUAUGGAAAAAAAUUGAUAGAGAACAUGGUAACGAACUUUAUGGUGAUGCUCUUCUUAAUAAAAGAUUUGAUGAAAAUCGACAAUUCAAUCCAAAAUUUUCACCUUGCGAUCCACAUAGCUGUUGUUGUAUAGAAAAUAAUUUUAUCAAUGGACCAAUAUUUACUUUUAUGAAUGGAGAUGAUAUUACUAUUUACCAAAAUUAG